GACGGUCUGUGCCGCGGCCCCCGACCCCUCUGCCACUUCCUGGGAAACAUGGAUGCCGGGUCGCUGGAUGCGGCGGUGCAAAGUGCUCUCCAGGCCCUCUACCCACCCUUCGAAGCCACUGCUCCCACCGUCCUGAGCCAGGUGUUUCGGCUGCUGGAGACCAGCUACCAGGGGGAUGGGCUCUGCUGCCUCCUCCAGUUCCUCAUCCCGGCCAAGCGGCUUUUCGAGCGCCUGCGGCAGGCAGCCUGUGCUCCCUACUUUAACCGCAUCUUUCUCCAUGAAGGCUGGCCCUUAUGUCUGCACGAGAAGGUGGUUGUGCACCUCGCACCGCUCAACCCCCUCCUGCUGCGCCCUGGGGACUUCUACCUGCAAGCAGAACCCUGUGAGGAGCAGACAGCACGUGUCACCAUCAAGCACCUCUCCCUGGACCUGCGCUCAGUGGAGGAGACCCCUGUCCCUGAGGCCACCCAUGCACCGCUCUUCACCAAUGCAUGGCUGGAGGAGGUGAACAGCAGCUGGGCCGGAGCUCCCCUGCACACCUGCCUGGUAGCCACCGAGAACGGCGUCACCCCACUGCCAUGGAGCCGGAUUGCCACGCCUGAGUUCACCGACAAGCCCAGAGCUGGAGCUGACAGUGUGCCUGCUGGUGCCCACCAUGAACCUGCUCCUGAGCCAGCAGCACUCAGCACACUUGUGCCCCAUGGCACAGCAAAUGUCCCCACACCCUACAGCAACAUUGUGGGCACCAUCCCAGGCUGCAAGGCCACCUCUCGGAAGUCAAGCCAGGGACGAUACCCAGGACUGAUCAAGGUGGAGCAGGCAGGUCUGCGGAAGAAGCCAGCCAUGCUGGAUGUGCCCAGCCUCAGUGAAAUCAUCAGCCAGAACCUGGAGGGGGAGUAUGUGGACCUGCUGGAACAAUCUCAGGAGGACAUGGACGUCCUUAGAUCCCUGUUGCCCACCUGCCCUCCAGGGAGAAUAAGGGCUGGGGCCGAGGAGAUGCUCCCUUGGGCAAAUGAGGGACUGGGAGCAGACACCUGGCCCUGUGAGGGAGCAGUGAGCUCAGAGGAGAGUCCCUGCAGCCCGUGCCUGGGGAGGAAGCUGAGCCAGGAGCCAGGGCCACAUGGCCCAAAGUGCCGCCAACGUGACUCCUACAUGGCUGCUCAGCAGAACCCGGUGAGCUUCGGCUCUGGGCUGAUGGCAGCCAUCCUGGAGGAGCCCGACAGCCCUGGCUCCGAGCUGCCCCCUGCCAUCCCCCGUGAGACCCCUGCACAGCACAGGAAGGGGGCUGGCAGCCCCACGCUCCUCACCCGCCGGUCCCGCCGAGCCACUCCUGGGGUGCCAGGGCAACGGGGGCUGGUGCAGCAGGGCAGCCCCCGGCUCCCCCCAGGCUCCAGCCACAAGUUCUCCUUCCUGAAGGGUGCGCGGCUCGGGGCAGCCCCCGGGGAUGAAAGAGUCACCAGCCAGCACGAGGGGGCCUGGAAGAAGAUGUCGGCCAUCUACUCACCCAGGAUGGGCAGAGCCAGGGCAGCAGGGAAAGGUAUGAAUGCAGCCACUGCUGCUCCCAUGGAGGAAAGUGCCAGCUGCAAGAAUGGUCCCUCUGUGCCCAGCGCUGGCACUGCUGGUCGGGAGCCUCCAGCCUGGCAGGAUCUGCAUGCUGGGCUGCUGCGCUCAGGCAUCAUCUGCCUGCCAGGGAGCUCCGACAGGCUGGGCAGGGCCCUCCUCCUGGUGACCACCAGUGGCAGUGCCUGGCGGGCUGCGUGGUGCUCAGCUGCUGAGCUGGCGAGGCUCAUCCUCUACCUCUGCUCCCUCCCCAGGCAAGAAGUGAAGAAUGGUGAGAGGCGAGAAGCGAAGGAUGUUGGGCUGACAGUUGUGGUGGAUGCCAGGAAGCAGCCGCCUGCUCCUGUCCUAUUCUCAGCCCUCCGCUCUGUCCAGGUACACUGGGCUCUGUGUGCCUGUGCCAUAGACAUGCCAGGGGUCUCCCUGUCUGGGAGGGAGUGCUGCCACCCUUUAGGGGUCCCUCAGAGCCUCCCCUCUUCCUGCUCUCCAUGUGAUUCCAAAAGAUCUUUUCUGAGCCCUGUCAUCACCAAGAGGCUGCGUGUGGGGUUUGCCCUGGUGAUUCUCCCCUGCCUCCCGCAGAGUGUCUCUCCAGGCUGCAUCCACAGCAUGCUGCUCCUGGCCGAGAAGGAGCUGGUCUCCCACCGUGAGAAGCUGUCUGGGGUGCAGGUGGAGACCGUGACAUCGCUGAAGGCUCUGGGCCGCCAUGUCGACAGCUCCCAGCUGCCCCCAGAGCUGGAUGGUGCCUUCCCCUACUGCCACGGCGAGUGGGUUCAAUUCUUCCAGAAGCUGCAGCCCUUCACAGUCAGCCUCAGGCAGGCAUCAGAGCUGCUGCAGCGCUGCAUCCAGGAGCUGCGGAACACCGAUGCACUGGCAGGGACACAGGAUGUGGCUGCAGGCAUCAGGAGGCACCGGGAGCUGAUGCAGAAGGUGCUGAGUGAGCCUCAGCUGGUGCGGGCGCAGCGUGAGGGUGGGUUCGUGCUGGCCAGGCUGCGCAGGGAGGCUGCCCGCCUCUGUGCCUCCGACCACGUCAGGACUGGUAUGGACUUGGCUGAGGGGCUGUAUAGUCAGCUGGAGGAAGAACUUCACAACCUCGUGUCCCAAUCCAACAGCUGCCUGGAGCGCCUGGAGUUCCUCCGCAAGGUCCGGGAGCUCGAGACUGAGUUUGGCAAGCUGGGGUCCUGGCUGGACGGGGAGGCAGCGGCUCGGCUGCAGGAGAUGGGCACCGAGGACUGGAGUCCCGACAGCUGCCAGGGCUCUGCCGAGCACUUCAAGGAGUUCCUUGCCCAGGCCACAGCUCGGUACCAGCAUGGCCUGACCCUCUGCCAGGAGGCAGCUGAGGUCCGAGACACGACAUUCCCUGAGGCAGAUGCCUUCCAAGUGGCUGCAGCCCUUUUCCAGACUAAGCUGAUGAGCUUCUCCAAGCAGCUGGAGCGGCGGCAGGCAGAGCGGGAGCUGCUGCAGGAGCUCAUCCGCUUCUCCAACAAGGUGGGUGAAGGGGAUCUUUCCCUGCAGGACACGGUGCUGCUGGUGGCCAUGAAACCAGCCAUUGUCAUCUCUUUUGUAGGUGGCAGGGCUGAAGCUGGACUGCCGGCACUCUCGGUGGAGUUCGCCCUGGAGAAGCUGAAGGAGAUGAAGGCUCAGGUGCGCAGGAUGCAGAGCAGCCAAGGGUUGGCAGCCUGGACAGAGGCACAGCACAGGUACCAGGAGACCCGGCAGAUCCUGGAGGAGAUGCUGGAAGAGCUGCAGGAGGCCUGGGGAGCACAAGCUGAUGGGCAGGGAGACGCCUCCAUCCCAGGAUCCCGAAGCCAAGCCCCGCUGAGCUCCUUACGGCCCCAGCUGCCCCCCGCGGGCGCCACGCUCCUCCUGUCUGGGUCAUCACUGAAGCAUUAA